GUUUUGCAGUCGGGCGGCUAGGCGGAUAAAGCCAACUCUGCCGCUCGCAGGCAGCUCAAUACGAGAAGUGGCGAGAAUACGUACGCGAGGUCGGUGAAUCAGAAAGUGCUCUCAUCCGUGACUCUCCGCGUCACGCUCCGGGGACUCGGUAUCAUCAUCAACAGUCGACGAACCCCGCGAGAAUCCGGGAGUCUGGAAAUUGGAGCAGUUCGCAUGAAAUUCACGCGACGCGCGUUUAUUAUUGUGUACCGUACAAAUUAGUUUUGCCUCACGUGACAAUUGCUCGCUCGAGAAAGUAAGAAGGAAACUGGAACCGCGAAUUGAUCAACGAUUCGAUUUACAUGUCAUCACGCGUUCGGAGAUUAUAUAAUCGGGAUAAUCUCUUUCUUUCUCUCCUUUGUGAGUCAAUCAGCGAGACGUGUUUUUUUUUUUAUUUGUACAACCGUCGCGGUCUGAAACGCGACGGUCAGUGACCGGAAGACUCUUCCGCGCGGACUUUCCUUUUGCGAUUUGUGAGAGAGAGAGAGAUAAUUCUCCAGUGUGUUUCGGAGCGGUUGCAGUCGCAGUUUUGUUUGCAACUCGCGCAGAAUGAUGCCCGCGCAGAACGGCGAGGUGGAAAUGGACGCCGUGGACGAGUCCGUUAGGUACUUCAAUUACCUAAGGACACUGGCGGAUCUCACGGCCAUAGCCAGCAUCAUGGCGGUGCAGUUCAAGAGAAUGCUGAACAAAGAGCUGUCGCAUUUCUCGGAGUCGUCAAAGUCUGGCAACCAGAUUUCCGAAUACAUCUGCAGCACCUUCCUCGACAAGCAGCAGGAGCUGGAUUUGCCGUCCUUGCGGAUCGAGGAUGCGGUCGCUGCAACGGGUAGUGUGGACGCGCGGGCGGCGAAGAAGAAGGAUCGCGCACAAAGAGGACCGGCCGCUAUGUCACACAUCAGCGGCGUGAAACGGCCGUUGACACACACCAACAGCUUCACCGGAGAACGUGUGCCGCUCCACGGGGUGGAAACGCCGCACGAAGAAGAACUCGGCAAGUUGCUUUCGGAUAUCGACAAGUGGGGCAUUGACAUCUUCAGGAUAGGCGAGCUUAGCAACAAUCGACCCCUCACCUGCGUAGCGUACACGGCCUUUCAGAGUCGGGAUCUGCUCAAAACGCUGGCGAUACCGCCCAAGACCUUCGUUACCUUUAUGAUGACCCUAGAGGAUCAUUACGUAAAGGACAAUCCCUUCCACAACAGCCUCCACGCAGCCGAUGUGACCCAAUCCACCCACACUCUGCUCAACACGCCUGCACUCGAGUCCGUGUUUACACCUCUGGAGAUCACCGCCGCGUUAUUCGCAGCUUCCAUCCACGAUGUAGACCAUCCGGGACUCACGAAUCAGUUCCUCAUUAAUUCGAGCUCCGAACUCGCGCUGAUGUACAACGACGAGUCGGUGCUCGAGAACCAUCAUCUGGCGGUCGCGUUCAAGCUACUUCAAAACGAAGGCUGCGAUAUAUUCGUGAACAUGAUAAAGAAACAGCGACAGACCCUGCGGAAGAUGGUAAUCGAUAUGGUGCUCUCGACGGACAUGUCGAAGCACAUGUCGCUGUUGGCCGACCUGAAAACUAUGGUGGAGACGAAGAAGGUCGCCGGGUCCGGUGUGUUGUUGCUGGAUAAUUACACCGAUCGCAUUCAAGUGUUGGAGAAUCUGGUGCACUGCGCCGAUCUGUCGAAUCCGACGAAACCGUUGCCGCUCUACCGACGAUGGGUGAGUCUGUUGAUGGAAGAAUUCUUUUUGCAAGGCGACCGCGAGCGGGAACAGAACAUGGAUAUCAGCCCGAUGUGCGACCGUCACAGCGCGACCAUCGAGAAGUCGCAGGUCGGUUUUAUCGAUUACAUCGUCCACCCGCUCUGGGAGACCUGGGCCGACUUGGUGCACCCGGACGCGCAAGAGAUCCUUGACACGCUCGAGGAGAAUCGUGACUGGUAUCAGUCGAUGAUACCGCCUUCGCCGCCGUCGGACGAGCAAGAGCAGAAGACGAACGAGAAUCAACAGCAAGAUAGGAUACACUUUCAGGUGACGUUAGAGGAAGGCGAUGAGACCGGCGAAACGGUUGAGAGCGGUUGUGACGAUGGCGGCGGCGGUAGCGAAUCCGCGAGAACGCUCACCAGCGAGGACGCGGGCGGUGAUACGGAGGAGAACGCGACAGAGGCUGGGAUGUGACGGAGGCUCGCCGGUGUUUGCAGGAAGCUCCAUGAGAAAGUACAGCAGAGCUGGUGGCGCGUGCGUCAGUGACAUUCGCACUUAGCCGCGCCUAGCCACUGGUCUCUUUGUAUCGACCUAUUUCGCGCUGGCCGGGUCGCGAGAGGAGGCGGUUGAAAUGAAGACACGAGAGAGCCUCUCGAUCAAGAAAUGAGAGGUUAAUCGUCGCGACGACGACGGGAACCACGACGGGACACGAAGAGAAUCGCGUCACGAGGAGUCGUCGCCCCGCUUCGGCUGGACCGAAACGAGUGGCGAAAAACCAAACAAAAAAAAAAAAAACAAAAAAAAAAAAAAAAAAAAAAAAAAAAAAAAAGAAACAAGGCGGUGAAGUUUUCGUUUGUCAUCGUCGUUAUCGCCGUCGUCGCGUCGCCUCAAAAAGUUUUGUCUCCACGCCUCAUUGAAUUUCUGUCAACCGAGAGGGACGAAUCUCUUCACAAAGUACCUGCGCAAGUGAAAGCGGCAGCCGCAUGUUUGCGAUAUCGAGUGGGUGGCAAGAUGUUUCUUUUUCUCACACAACAUACACACGCGCGCUCGCGCGCGCACGCACACACAUCGGGGGGAGAGGAUUGAUGAGACGUUGGUGUUCGUGUGCCGAUCGUCGUCGUCGUCCUCUUCUUAUAAAACGCGUAUGACGGAAGUGUGUCGCCGUCGAAGGCUGGAGGGAACCUAUCUUCCAGAAACACACGCAGGAUCUUCAACAACAUAUCAACAGUGUAUGAUGUACAAUGGGAUUUUAUAGCCGAAGCUUGUUAGCGACACUUUCGGGGGCAAAUGGACAUUUCUGACUUCAUUCUCGAACGUUUUUCGAUUAUAUCGCGCGAUUAUUAAAAUUACUCACGGAAAGAACUUUUUAGAUUUUUUGAUUAUCGUCUGAAAUUUAUUUGCGAAAAUAAAAAUUGAAGCAAACUUGUUAAUUUGCUCUCGUAAAACGAAACGAAAUUCACGCGUUCAACAACGGAAACAAACUCUCGUCGCGUUCUCGCGACGUUCCGUUUUUGCGAUACAGUAUAUAUGAAAACGUCCGUCAGUAUUUCGAUAAUUCAACAUUUCAAUUCGCGACCAUUCGGACAACAAACAAAUGCGUUUCUUCGACGAUAAACGCGAUAUGUGAUAAAAAUUAGAAAAAAAAGAGAGCAGCGAGGAAAGAAGAUGUAAAAAACAAACAAACAAACACGCAGAAAGAUACUCAGUUACAGUUAGAUGCUCAUCCUUUUGGUUCUUCGGCGGGGUUAUUCGAUAGUCAACCUAUCUACUUAUCGGUAGAGAGAAAGAUACCUGUCUUUAAUCGUAAGAUUUUAUCAUGUUCGCUUUGUAGAUGUAGAGAAAAAGUUCGUAAUCGAAAAAAACGCGAGAAAAAAAUAAAAAAAAAAAUAAAUAAAAAAUCCAGAAGUAGCCGCCGCGUGUCUGUAAAAGAAGACGCUAGUGCAAAACACACGUUUAGAAGUAUUACUUGCCAUCUUGUAUGAUUUGGCAGGAGGGAGUGAGGGAGCGAACGCGCUCAUUUCUCCUAUUCUCCCAGAUCGCGCGUAAUAUCGAAAGGAGAGCACCGAGCAGCAAAAUACCUGGACCGGGGGUAGGGGUGGGGGGAAAAAAGGGGAGGGGAAGAGGCAUCGAGAGAUAAGGGGACAAUUAAUUUUAAUAUACAACUACGUCGAGAGCUGGCCUUUUAAGUGUGUAUUAAAAUUAAUUACCAGAGCCGAAACGCUUUCUUCUUGCGAUAUAUAAUAUAUAGUAUUUCACACACACACACACACACACACAUAUAGAAAGAGAGGAGAUACACAACACACACACACACACACGCACACGCAAACAUACACACACGUAACCCGCAAUACGUACAACUGCAAUGCGAGCGAGAAUACAUAUAUCGAGAUAAAUGUUUUUAACCAAAGAGUAAUUAUAAGUGAUUGUCGUUAAGUCGAUUGUAUGUACGCCGAGCGUGCCGUCUCUUCACCAAUACGUCUUCUGACGGCGAGUACCAAAUAUAUUUCAACGAAGACGACAGAUUCGUUUUUUCUCCGAAAUCGUUCCCUGACUUUCGCGCAGAAAAACGGAAGAGAAACUGUGACAUUCUCUCGUCUUGUGUCCGUCAAUCGCUCAAAUCUUCGAAAGUUCGACGUUCCGGGCGCGAAACUAGUUCGAAGUUUUUUUUUUUUCACGUCGAACGUCGAACGUUCACACCGUUAUACGCUUUUUUUUUGUUUUUAAACACAAAACGUACAAAUCGCCGACUUACCGCACUGUUAUCUUUUUCGUUUUUUUUUCGAACGCAGCAGUGAAGAUGGUUUUCAUUUUCGCGAGGUUGUCGUAUUGGUGGAAUGGCGAUGGUAUCAGGGAAACGGAGACACGCCUUUUUUUUUUAGCGAACGACGGGCGAAUGUAGCAAAAAGAUCAGCCUAAAAUAUGUAAAAAACAAGAAAAAACCAAAAAAAAAAAAAAAAAACAAUUAACGUUAUAUCUACCUAAGUCGCGUAAGCUUGCCAUCGACUGCUUAAGCGAAGAGAGUAAAAGAUAAUCGCGAAAACUAACGGCGUGUGUGCAAGUCUGACGUGCGUGUAAAAGCGGCGGGAGUAUAGCUCGGGCUCACGUAAUCAUUACGUUUCUUAAUCACAUUAAGAGAAAAUUACCUAAUCGCAUAACAAGAUAGAAAAAAAAACUUAAAAAAAAAAAUUAAUAAUAAUAAUAAUAAUAACGGAGAAAGCAAAAUCUCUAUGUGUGUUGUAGACAGUGAAUCUAGUGAAUGUUUCUGGUGCUGGCCACCAAGCUUAGCGUAUAAGAAAAACUCCGAGAGUUUUAUGAGAGAGCGAGAGUUUCGCGACUACACAUUGUUAAGUCAAAGAAAAAAGAGAGUUAACGAAAUUUUUAGGGCGUAAGCAACGAGGUUAUAAAAAAAAAAUAAUGAUAAUAUUAAUAAUAAUAAUUAAUGAUAAUAAUCGUAACAUUAACAGUAAUAAAUACUGAGAGUAAGUGCGAUAAGAAAGAUACUGAUUUACUAAUUAAUUGUUAACGAUAACACACACUCGCUGCGCCAAUCAACGGUUUUUUCCGAGAUCGCGUUCGCUUCGGCCGUCGAGGCGACGUCGUUUGUGCACAAAGAAACAACAAGAAGAAAUCAAGAACGCGAAGAGAAGUGUUGUCGAGAAACGAUGACCACAUCUCUGCGCUGACGCCGAGGUGAAAGAUAAAACAAAAAAAAAAA